ACCAAUAAAGACAAAGAAAAAGACUCUCUAACACUCACACAUAUACAAAUACACUUAUAAAUAGGUUUAGAUCCUUGACUUAACUCUAAACCUAAGAGCCAACACAAGUUAUAUAUAUACAUAUCAUAACAGAAAUGGAGAAGAUGACAGUGGCUGCACUGUUGAUUUCCAUGGUGGUUUAUGGCUCACAGAUGAAGACAACCUUUGGAGCAUUGUAUAUGGUUGGGGACUCAGCAGGAUGGACCACCAUUGGCAAUGUCAAUUACAAGCAGUGGGCUGCUACUAAAACCUUCCAGUUUGGAGACACAAUUGUUUUCACAUACAACAAGCAGUUUCACAAUGUGAUGCAAGUGAAACAUGGCGACUACAGGUCCUGCAACGUCUCCGCCCCCAUCGCCACCCAUUCUACUGGCAACGACUCCAUCGUCAUCAAGACCUACGGCCACCACUACUAUCUCUGCGCAGUCCCUGGUCAUUGCCAAGCCGGACAAAAGCUCGACAUUAACGUUCAACGGCUUUCUUCUACAUUGGCUCCGACCCCAUCACCAUCAUCAUCACCAUCGUCCUCUUCUCCGUCUCCAUCUUCUACUCCUUCCAGCGCCACUGCAAGCAAACCUAAUUCCAUUGGUAAAGUUACUGCUACAUCAACUAAACUAGGGUUCGCUAUAGCUCUUCUUGCUGCUGUUAGUAUUGUGUGACACAAGUUGAUCCAUUUGUAUGAUGAAAGUGAUUGAAGAGAUUUUAAUACCAAUUUGUUGUAGAAGUGGGCGUGCCGGUUUUGUGUAAGAAUCGACUC